AUGAAGUUCCAAAACACCGUUGCCGCGUUGGCGACGGCUGGCCUCGCGUCUGCUCACGGCCAUGGCCACGCCCACGCCCACAAGCGCGCUACUGAGACCGAGACCGUUUCGGUCCCAGGCCCUGUCGUGUAUGAUUUCGUCGUAUUGGACCCGUCUAAGCCCGGCUCUCCUCAGCCCAUCAGCAUCGAGAAAGCCUGCGAGGGUCUCGCAAACAAUCAGUUUGAGUGGCUGGACUCUGCCGUUGCUGCUGCUUGCCCAUCUAGCAGCUCAAGCACACCCACCUCGACUUCCACGGCUGCCCCAACCACAACCGCUACGGUGGCGCCUGCCAUCCUCCAAGAGACCUCGGCCGUUAUCACCCCCGCCAGCUCCACAAGCACUGCAGAGCCCACCUCUAGCUCCACCACAGCUGCUGCUUCUACCAGCAGCUCUUCCAGCUCGAGCAGCUCCGGUGCGACCGGCCUCAAUGCUGAAUUCCCCGAUGGAGAGAUUGACUGCGGUGACUUCCCUUCGGAUUACGGUGCUGUCCCUCUUGACUACCUUGGCCUUGAUAGCUGGUCCGGUAUCCAGUACGUCACUAUCCUCGAUAACCUGGUCAGCGAUAUUGUGACCGCUGUUACUGGCGAUAAGUGCCAUUCCGGUGCCAUGUGCUCCUACGCUUGCCCACCUGGAUACCAAAAGUCCCAGUGGCCUACCACCCAGGGUAGCACCGGCCAGUCCGUCGGUGGUCUCGAAUGUAAGAGCGACAACAAGCUCUACCUCACCAACAAGGACCACAGCCAGCUUUGCAUUCCUGGUGUUGGUGGUGUGCACGUCAAGAACAAGAUGUCCGAGAGCGUUGCCGUUUGCCGUACUGACUAUCCCGGUACCGAGUCUGAGACCAUUCCUCUCAACGCCUCCCCCGGUGCUGUUCACGACCUGACUUGCCCCAACGGUAACAAGUACUUCAAAUGGGGUGGCAAGGUCACCUCCGCCCAAUACUACGUCAAUCCCAAGGGUGUGUCAACUGAGAGGGGUUGCCAGUGGGGUGACGGCAGCGAGCCUAUUGGUAACUCGGCUCCCCUUAACCUUGGCGUCGGUGAAACCGAUGCCGGAAAGUUCCUGUCCAUCUUCCCCAAUGCCCCGACCACCGACGCGCUUCUCGACUUCAACGUUAGGCUUGAGGGUGACAACCUCAGCGAUGAGUGCCGUUACGAGAAUGGCAAAUUCUACGACUCAAAGGGUCCCAUCAGCGGCAACAGCGGCUGCACAGUCGGUGUCACCUCCGGCGCUGCCUACUACGUCUUCUACGACAACUAA